AUGGCGAGAGUGGCACGAUACAAGACACGCCCGACGCUUGUUGGCUCUUCCAGCAUCUUGGCUAGUGGCCCUGCGAGAUGUUUAAGACAAGUCUCAACUCCCAAUCGACCCAACGCAUCUUCUGUCUUGCAGCUCCAUGAGGUCGGUUCGGCUCAUGUGUCCUCCGGCCAAAAUCAUGGCCGACUAUUAAUGGGUGGUGAUGGGGUAGAAGCUCGGAGCAGACGUACCUAG